CAGGAACAGUUCAGGUUCGAGCGACGGGAGCACCAAUGACGUUCCCAACUCUCGCAGUCUGUUAUCGCCGCUCAGCACCGAAUGCAAAAGAGUUGUUGUCCAUCUACUAGAUUCCAUACAAAUGUGAAUAUCCUUUGUUCAUCUGGGCUGACGACUUCGAACAGGAGCUCCUGGAUUUAUAACUAAUCUACAAUGGGAAAUUGGGGAUCAACUUCAUCGGCCGACCGCUCAGCAGGCUCACAGUCAGCAUCAACAGUCAUCUCACCAAGUCCAUACUCGCUAGCAGCGGCCGCACACUCAGCAGGCUCACAUUCAGCAUCAUCGGCCAUCAACCCAGCAAACCAAACUGGUCUACAAUCGACAAGUGCCAGUGCAUCGCAGAGUAGCAGUCUAAAUAGGCAGCACAUAAACAAUUCAGGGAACAAUGUAGCAAUAAAGCCUUAUACUGUAAAGGCUGCUCAGCAAACUGUUAAACAUUGUGUAAGUAGUGAUUAUGUCAUUCCUGAUCUGCAAACAGAUAAUUUCGAACAAACACAAAUUGUAAAUGCCCCACUGAAUUUUAUACCAGAUAAAUUUGGGUUACGUGCAUGCCCCCAAUACAACAGUAAGAACGGGUGCCAUGCUACGCUCUGCCGGCGAUACCACAUAUGUCUUUUUUGGGCGAAGGCACAAUGCACAAGUAACAAUUGUGAUUAUGCUCACGAUUUCACUUCAUACCAUAAUACACUACUUUGGAAAAUGUUCUCUAACAGAAGAAGCUUCGAUAUCCGUGAAUGUAUUCGGGAUAAUCACAGACGUAUGAGAUUUAAAAAACAAGGUUCAGAUGGUCAAAUAUGUACGUUAAGUAUCAGGAACAGAUGUACAAGAGACUGUUCAAAAGUCCACGCUAAAAUUCCUUACCAAUGGGAGGUUCAGCUUGCUGAUUCAUGGACAAAAUUUUCUCGCAGCCAGACCUACUACCUAGAAGAAAUGUUCAGUCGACCAGACAGUGAAGAGAUUGAGCUUCCUUCCAUGGAACGCAGCCUUCAAACCCAUCCGGCAUUUUCGAAAUUCUACUCCUUUUUGUCCAAGAGUAAAUUGUGGUUUGUGAAUUUUGAGACCAUGAAACUUCACUCUCAACACAUCUGUAUGAACAUACGUAGACUGUCAACUCCCUCAGAUAUUAUGGUAGAUAUUAAUUUAGCAACACGGUGGAUCUGGUACUGGGAAGAUGACAGCGGUAGUUGGCAUCCAUACACUGAUGGAGCUAGCGAAAAAUUCUAUAUAAUUUCUCUUAGCGAUCAAAUGGAAUAUGAGAAAAUAAAUGCUAGAUCACAAAAUAUGCAAGUUAAAAUUAGUGGCAGUCCUUACAGUAUUAAUAUUAUGGACAUGUAUCAACAAAAUAAGGAUACUAAUAAAAUAAGGAAAAUACGAAGGAGACCAUCAUGUCUCCCUUCAAAACAGAAACAUGAUACUUCAUUUAGUAGCCAAUUUUUCAGUCUGUCGGAGAAUAGAAACUUUUUGAGACACCCUGUCAGGGCAACCUCUUCUGAAUUUAUGUAUAUCAAAGGGCUGCUGCAAAUUGGAAUGAGGAGUAUUCGUGUCGCAACCAUGGAACGCAUUCAGAAUAACCAUCUCUGGAAAGCUUACCAAAACAAGAAAAAACUUCUUUUGUCCAUUUACAAAAAUGAUGCAUCCCUUAUCAACGAACAGUACCUGUUCCAUGGGACAAAGCAUGGAGUAAUCGACUUGAUCUGCAGUGAUAGCUUUGAUUGGCGACUGUUUGGCACCAACGUAGGCAAUGUCCAUGGUAAAGGGACAUAUUUCACAAAUGAUUCAAGAUUGUCAAAUAGCUACAGUGAAAGUAAAUUAGGUUUAAAAGCUGUGUUUGUGGCUUUCGUCCUUGUAGGAACAAUGACAAGGGGAAACAAGGACAUGGAGAUUCCUCCCCAAAAUGCUGAAUUCGGUAGGUGCUUUGAUACUACCUGUAAUGAUGAUUUUACACCUAACAUCUUUGUAAAGUAUAACAAAGACGAAUAUUACCCUGCAUAUAUUGUCAAGUACUAUGAGAAUUAAUUAUAUAGUUCAUAGAGUAACAAUAUUAGCAACUUCAGAACCAGAAAACUAAGAAGUAUGCAUUAUAUUAUGGUUUCGUGUAGGGAAUGUACUGCAGAAAAGUCCCAACAACUGCACUUAGUCCUCACCGAAGAAUACCUGGCAAACCUUUCUUUACGAUUAGUAGAUGAUUGACAGGCACUCUUAGAUGAGUGGUCAGUCCUGUAGGUAUUCAAAUUUUCUGUAGACACAAGGCAGCAGACGCUCCCAAAGACGUUAAAGUCUGAUUAGAGAGAGAGAGAGAGAGAGAGAGAGAGAGAGAGAGAGAGAGAGAGAGAGAGAGAGAGAGAGAGAGAGAGAGAGAGAGAGAGAGAGAGAGAGAGAGAGAGAAAGAGAGAGAAAGAGAAAGAGAUAGAGAUAGUUAUGUUAUUGAUUAAAGUUUAAGCAGUUAUUGGAAUCUAUUAACUGGUCUGGGAACACUCAUGGACCCACAUACCUUUAUAUAUGCUCUGAUUAUUACUACGACUACUUCUGUCAUAAAUAUUUUAUUAAUAUAUAUAGUUGUUGUUUUGUUUAAGAUAUGUCGUGUCCUUACUCUUUAUGUGGGAAUUUUUAUAUAGUUAAUGUCUAAAUUGUAUACAAUUAGGCUAAGAAAUAAACCAAUAUACUGUACAUCAGUAAAAAUAAAAAGAACUAUUACGACGAUCUUUAGAGCUCCACUGACCAGUGAACAACCUUGUUUCAAACGUGUUUAAGCUCCAGCCAUCAGAGCUAAGUGAACAGAUACCUUUAUGCAUUUUGUUUUAUUUGUGACCAGUGGUUAAACGUGAGAGCAUGAAACAUUCUUUCGGACCAUACUACUAUUAUAUAAAAGUUCACCUGGAAUCUCGUCUUCAGCAGAGAUUUCUUACAAGAUUAUUUUAUUCCUUUGAUUAGUGAUCAGAAACGGUAGUACAUUUUACUAAUCUUUUACUAGUUAGCCAAUUGUACUGAUGAUUGCAAUUUACUACUGACAGUAACAACACUAAAAAGAUAAAAAAAAUACCUGCUAUACAAGAUCUCUCCGAAAGUGUCCACUUUAUUAUAUACAAAAGAACUGCUGUCCUAGGAAGACAAAGACAUGGACUGCCUCCCCCACACUUCCCAAUGGAGCUUUCUAAAAAAUUUAACCCAAUAUUUUUUUGUGUUAUAUAAAGUUGUUGUUUUUUUGUUAGAUUAUUUCAUACAUAUACAAUGCAUAUCCAGUGACCCAGGACCUGCAAUGGUUGAGGAAUAUACAUAUAUAUAUAUUUAUAUAUACAUGCUUAUGGUUAUAAACAAACUGAGUGUCACUGAUAAAACAAAUUAACCAGUGAUAUUAUGUGCAUGAUAUUGGCUUUUUCUGUUUUGUACAGAAAUUUUGCAGAGGUUUCUUAGAUUAUAUAUGAAGACUGUUCUGCAUACAUUGAUUUACCUGAUGAAUUAACCAUACGAGCAGAACGACUGGGGUGCAGCAUCAUUUAUUUAGAGAUCUAUCAUGCAACCAGCUUGUUUGGAAAGAUUACUAAUAAAGUAAGUGAACCAGUUAGACUUCAUACUUUAUAUUGACUUUUUAAAAAGUAUUUGGGCAAAUAGUCAUCCCACAGCAGUGGUCCUAGAGCAUUCACUCUUUAUAUGGCCAUACUUUUCGCUUGAUAUUCCUUUAAAAAAAAUUAGGGUUUCGGGCAUCUGCAGCAUUCGAAUCUUGAAACCUCUAAAAUGUUGCUAAUCUGUUUUUACCUUCCAGUAACAUUAUACCUUUGCUAAGAGGUUGCCGUCCAGAACAGUAUACCUUUUCAAAAGUUUUUAUUGAAGACCUUAUAGUGCCACGGAAUUUAACUUGUAAUAUAAGCAUGAUAUAUCAAAUCAAUGUUUAUGGAAAACAUUUGAUGUUUUACAAAAUUAUUUUUUUUAAUAGCAUUAUCUAAGUAAAGAUUAUAACUG